AUGGGUGGGAGUAUGGAAGAGCUCCAGAACCUGUACCCAAGCGAAAAUAAAGACUUAAGCGAAGACAACUAUGGCUUGAUUAACGGGUUUAUAAUGGAUCCUCCGGAGAGAAAUGUAAAAUGGGGUGAUCCUAACAAUGGUAGGGAAGCAGAAAAAAAGAAUGAAGAAGCAGGGAAGGAAGAAAGAAAUUUUGCCCAUGUGAAGGAAGUAGACAGAGAUGACUGUUACUAUGGAUCGGAUGAACUGUACGAUAAUGGAAAUGAUAAAAAUAAGCUUCCUUUCGACAAAAAAAAACACGAAAAGUUGAUAAGAAAAAUAUGUUAUCGUAACGAUUUAAAAUACUACAAUUAUUACAUUAACAAUUUUGAAAAAAUAAAAAACAUUAAAGGCAUAAAGGACAGAGGAGAAAAUCGAAUUUGCGUGUUAAUCCUUUGCCUGAAUUAUAUAUACUGCAAUUUAAAUAAUGAAAUAAUGACCAUUCAUGAAUUGAAAAGGCAAAUAAAAAAAAACAUUACCAAGACCAGAGUUUAUUGCAAAAACUUAGCCAAAAUUCUGUUUAUCAUGUGUGGUAAAUUACAAAUAAAAAAUUUUACAAAAAAUGAUAUACUGCCAUAUAUGGAAAAGUGUAUUACUACAAUAAUUAAGAGGCUGAAAUUUUUGGACGACAAGGUGGGGCGUGAUGAAGACUUCCUCCAUGUCAGUAGGAAGGCGAACAUUUUUGAUGAAAUUUUCGAUUUUAUAAAUAAUGGCUCCAGUGAAGAUUUUCUGCUGAAUGAGGAAAAGGCGCUAUUCGCUGAAGUAACAACUUCAGAUGGAGAACAAGUGGAGGAGUUUUCCCAGUCGGACAAUCUCUCCUCAGGGGAAAAAUGCAGAAACAUCCACGGGGAGGAAACCGCUCACAAAAUAGGCCACGCGGAGGAGGUGAUUCCCCACGCAUGGGUAAACGACACAGAUAACACACGGAACGAAGACUGCAAUAUGAGCCUGAUGGAGGGGGGAAAAAAAAAAUACAAAACGAAGAAGAGAAAAAAUGAAAAAAAUGAUUGCAAUGAAAGGAAAAGAAAAAACACAACAACGUCGAAAGAAGUGACAAAAGAUAUAGACAAAAAUGUCAUGAUCCAAUUUUUGGAAAAAAAUGUGACGUUGCUGUCUUUGUACUCCUGUUUGGUAUACUCUAUAUUCAUUAUUUCGAAUCGAACUGAAAAUAUGGAUAGCAAUUUGUACAACAAGGAAAGUAGAAAAUAUGGUGGGAAUUUGCAUUAUUUUCUGUGUUCCUCCAUUAUCAUCACUUUUGAUAUGUUCAAUAUAAAGGUAAAAGAUCAGUUCGUUUGUUUCUGCUUAGGUGUUGUUCAACAGACGAUAGCGACAGAAAAAAAAAAAAUACUUAAAUUCUUUUUAACGACGUUUAGUGAGUUCCUUGGAUUGGAUAUACCCUCCAUUCAGACAGUCGCCCUAUUCAUGCGCAUCCUCUUUAGCAACUACAUGCUCCUGCAAAUGUAUCUAUUUUACGUCAUAAAAAAUUAUGAGUUGAUAAAAAAGGAAGGCUUUCUCCCCGCUAUGGAGCAAUUGCAAAUAUUUUUAGCGAAACUGUUUGGGACUAUUCAUGAGAAGUUUUUAAACGUAGCAGAUAUUUCUGUGAAUUACGACUUAUUCCUUAGAUCGGAUUGGGUUUGUAAAAAUGUUGUGCAGAUGGUUUCGCAAAAUGAAGACCUUCCUACUGUGAAGAAGUUUUUAAAAGAUUUAAACAAAAGAUAUUCAACGGACCAGGGAAGGGAAACUCGGUAUGAAUACAAUUUUGAGGAAUCCUACCAGAUAGACUUGAACCAUAUUGAUUUAUACAUCCCUCGAAUUUUAGCUCAUUGCUUGGGUAUCUUUAAAGGGGAAAUUCCUCCAUCUGUUAAGCUACUUCCAAGUGCUCCUGUGGGGGGAGAAAAAACUAUCCUGAAGCAUCUCCAAAGAAAGGAGGAGGAAUUGGGAAGUGCGAUGGAGGAUGUGUCCCCAUUCCACUACGCAAGUGCAUGCGUGGAAGACACGUUUGAUUAUCAGAGGGAUGUACAGGACGAGCAAACAAUCCGUCCAAGUUCCUCCUUUGAUGGUAGUAAUAAUGAACACAACGGAGAAGCUAAUACCUACAGCGAAGAUGCAUGUAACAGUGCCGCAUGCGACACCACGUGCGACGGACCAAGAGGAAGUAACAGCCCCAAGAACAUUCCAUGCACAAGUGCACACAGAAAAGGCCCCGACGAUGAAAUGAAGAAGCAACUGCAAAUUUUACUGGAGGAAACAAAAGUAGGGAGAAAGCACAAGGCCGAUUUUGAAAAAGGGGAUACAUCAAAAAUACAAAUCGAAACUGCGUCACUAGAUUUACUCUCCAGCCAUAUAAAAACUUUAAAAAAAAUAAACCUACAAAAUAUACAUGAAAUGAACAUGGAAAUAAUUCCAUUUUUUCAUGUGAAGAUAGUUGUACAGUUUUUAUUUUACAAUGUUUUGAAGAGCAUUAUUUACAAUUGUUAUUCUCUGAGUUUUUUCAGUGUCCACAAUUUGCAUCGGUCCGUUAGCACGAGGAAAAGCGAAAAAGAGAAUUCACGUGUGUGUGAAGAAUUCUCAAAGGGGGAACCUCAUGGUAUGUCAAUUUUUUUAAAAAACAAAAUUGCCAGUAAAAUCAAAGAAAUGAAGAGAAAAAAAUACACCUUCGAAAAGUACAUAAUUUGUGAACAAUCUCAAUACAUAAAGAUGUUUCAAAAUUGUAAAAUGUUUGGAGAAGAUGUGAGAAGAUUUUUAAAUUACCAUAAUGUUAAACUACACUGUGUUAAGGAUUUGUUCUCAAAGUGUGCUUUUGAGGAAGGUGCAAAUGAUUCCCAUUUCUUGGACACUUCCACCGAUCGACCUUUUAAUGGCUAUGCUGUUCAGGCGGAGGGGGAGCAUCCUCCCUUGUGUAGAAAUGACAACUUGUCCGGGAGUAGCCCAAGUCGAUGUGGCGCAAGUAGGCUUGGCACUGCGUCGAGCAAUCAGCGGGGAAUCAAAGGAAGUAAGAACAACCUGAAGCGAAGUAAGAGCCACGAGAGAAGUAACGUCCAGAAGGGGAAGAAAAUAAAAAUAGCUCUGUGUCACUACGACGUAGGUGUGGAAAAUUGCAAUGAUUGCCACAAGAGCCUAGAGGAAGAGCCGUUCAACCUGUUUGAUUAUAUUUAUAACAGCAAAAUGAUAAAGGAAUACAAAAACGUCGAAGAGCUAUUCUCCAGAAAAAACUUUGCUCUACUUUUUAACAUGUUUAACAAUAUGAAUAAUCCAUUCCAUGGAAAUAAGAAAAAAUUAAUUAAAAUUAACGACUGCUUGUACCACACAUACCAUUUAAUAGGCAUUAAAAAAAUUGUCGGCAAUGGGUAUAGCUUCACCUACAAAAACGAGCUAAAUGAUAAUUAUUACAAAGUCCUGAAAACGAAGAUUUGUAACAUUCUGUCUGUGCAGGAUAUUUAUUUUUUGUUUAACCGAUUUUUUUAUUUCUUGCUUGUUUAUAUAAAAUCGCACUGUUGCUUUGGAGGAGAAACUGGCAGCAAUUUACGUACUCCCUGUGAAGUGGACCCCCCGACAUCACAGUCACCUCAACCACCGCAGCCGUCGCAAGCAUCCAAAGUCUGUCCCUGUAACAAGGUCAACUGCUGCUACAAAAUUAAGACCAUCGUGUUACUUGGAAACGUCUAG